AUGAUUAUUGAAAACCCUGACGCUUUCAAAUCAUGGUUGACGUCCAUAUUGGAACCCUUAUGCGAUGCAGACCCAGCGGCGCUGGCAAAAUACGUGUAUGCCCUGGUGAAGAAGGACAAGCCGCUGGACGAGCUACGAGAAGGCAUGCUGGACCAACUUGAUGUCUUCUUGCAGCAUGAGACAAAGCCCUUUGUUGACAUGCUGUUCAAAUCACUGGAAAGCCAAGAGUACUUGAAGCCAAAUGCAGAGAAGCAGCCCAGUCCGCCGCCACAACCGAGCGAGAACGACAAACAACCAGACAGUGAAGAGCAGCCGGCGCCUGCGACGGCUGCAACGACUGCAUCAGCUCCUGGGGCGAAGUCCCCGUCGGGAGCGAGUGCGGCGAACGCGGCGCCCGCAGUGGCAGCCGAGGCACCGCGCCAUCGCCUUGUGCUGCCUCGCGCUCGUGCGCCACAUCAGGAGCAUACCCUUGUCAAGGUUUUGCCAUUGACUGAGUUACUUGAGGAGCCAGUAGACCAACCACCACGGAGACGAGACCGCAGGAGCGACUCUGCCCGCGAUAAAGAAGAACGACGUCGCAGACGUUCGCGAUCGUGGGAGAGGCGUGCGAGACCUCGGCGGCACCCACGAGAGCCAGACCACGUGGCGCACGCUCCCCACGUGCCCCACGCGACCCACGCCCCCCACGCCAUUGACGCACGGAGACGGCCUUCAUCACGGUCACCGUCGCCGCGCGGUCGUUACAGGAACAGGAGUCCACCGUCAGCUGCACUGGAGAGACAGUCUAGCCGGUCUAGAUCGAGAUCACCCGUACCAGUGCGCGACAGAGAGCACGAUCGCGAGAGAGAAAGACUGCGUGUCCCACGCGAGAUUGAAAGAGAUAGGAUGUCACGGGAUAGAGAACACAGGGAUAGAGUUUCCAGGUCAAGGGAUAGGGACCGUUCCCGUGAUAGGUCACGUGAUCGAUCGCGCGGCUCCACGUCGCCACGGCUUGAAGUGCCCGACGCGUACAAACGACGCUGUAGGGACUAUGAUGAAAAGGGUUAUUGCAUGCGUGGUGACUUUUGCGAGUGGGACCAUGGCACCGACCCAUUAGUACUUGAAGAUGCUACGCUUUCUAGAGUUCUACCAAUGCAACCACCAGUACCUGAGUACAACCCGCUGACGCCGGACAUCUGGUGCGGCACGGCAGGCUUCCCCGGGUUCCCGGCGGCGCACGGGCCGCACGCGCUGCACGCGCCGCACGGCCCCCACGCUCCCCACGCGGCGUUGCCACCGCUGCCGCCGCGCGAGCUCGUGCCCAUACCCAGAGUGCGUCACGAAGCUCGCGGCGAGCCCCGCUCGGAAGCUGUCCCCCCCGCGCCGCGCCACGCCCCUCCAGUCAAAAAGAACUUCGACUAUCACCGCCUAGGAGUUCGUCCACCUCUACCAGCAAAUGCUGCAAAUUGUUCGCUGGAAGUGAAGAAAGUGCCGCGUGGCUUAAACGAUAUCACGCAUCUCAACAACCAUUUCAGCAAAUUCGGCAAGAUUGUUAACAUACAAGUGAACUUUGAAGGUGAUCCAGAAGGAGCACUAAUUACAUUCUCAAACCCAACAGAAGCCAAUGUAGCGUAUAAAAGUACCGAGGCCGUCUUGAACAAUAGGUUCAUCAAAGUCUUCUGGCACAAUCCAGAAAACAAGCAAGAGAACAUGGCGCCGGGUGGACAGCAGACCAAUAAACAAUCGGAAAGACAGAACUCCCAGCAUCCCAUGUCCCACAACAAAGUGUUGAUUAAUAGAGAUAACAUUAAAGCUACAGCUGAAAAUAAACAGCAGCAACAACAACAAGCCGAAAAGGUUAAAGAAGUAACAAAUGGUCAAGAGCCAAAGAAGGAGCCAGUAAUAAAGCCCCUUGAGAAGAAUAAGCAGAUUCUAGAUGUACAGAAGAGAUGUCAGGCGUUGCUGCAAACCCAGCUUCAACAACAGAGAUUGCUUAUACAGAAACUAGAGUCUGGCAAUGUAACCGGCGCUCAAAAGACUGCACUACUAGAGGCUAUCAAUUCUGCGCAGGAAGCAAUUGAGAAACUACGUAAAGAACUCAACUGCACCAUGAAGCAACUGCAGGAAGAGAGCGUGGCGCGGUCGAUGUCGCGGCUGCAACUGGCGCAGGUUAAGAAACCAAAGACCCGUGAGGAGGCGCAGAAAGAGAUUCUUGAUGCUGAACUGGAUAUGUUCACCAAGCAACAGGAGGGCCAAGAUGUGACAGAGUUGAUGAAAAAGAUUGCUGAACUGAGAAGACAGAUGACAAUACAAUUCCCGACGCAUCCCGGCACCAGGAGAUUACACUCCAGGGGCGGUCGGUUCUCGAGCACGCGGUUCGUGCGCGGUGGCCCGGCGGUGGGCGCUAAGGCGUUCAGCAUGAACCAGAGCGUGGACCACCGCCCGCGCGCGCUGCUCGUCUCCGGCUUCGAGCCUGACGAGCUGGACGCACUGCUGCUGCACUUCGCGCAAUUUGGUGAGGUGACGGGGAAGGAAGUCAACCUGGCUGUGCCAGAGCUGGUACUACAGUAUCGGGCGCGGGCACAAGCUGAGUUGGCGAUGCAACGGGCACGUCACUAUAAUGACCGGACCCUUUCCAUAACAUGGGUGACAAACAACAAGCCAAUAGCUGCUACCCAACCAACACAAGUACAAAAUGGCGAUACUGCCCAGGAUGAACCAAAGGAUAACGAGAAGCAUCAGGAGGUGUCGGAGGACGCGCUGCUCCGGUUCGACGAGGAGGAGGAGGAGGACGCCGAGGAGGACCGCUCGUGGAGGCGUUGA